GGCUCAGUGCUAGCCGCGGCGCCGGGAUUGGCCAGCGGGCCGGGUGGCGAGGGCUGAGGCGGCAGAGCGGCCGGGGCGGCGCAGCAGUUGCGGUGCGCGGCGUUACGGGCUCGUCGCCAUGUCUGAGGCCGCGUUCCAGAAGGCAGCUGAGGAGGUGAAGCAGCUCAAGUCUCAGCCUACGGACCAAGAGAUGCUCGACGUGUACAGCCACUACAAGCAGGCCACGGUGGGCGACGUGAACACGGAUCGCCCUGGUAUGCUUGACUUCAAAGGCAAAGCAAAGUGGGACGCCUGGAAUGCAUUGAAAGCUACAGCAGGGAGUUCUUUUAUUGAGCGUGGAGAACUUGGCAGUGAUUCUAGCUGAGAGAAAGGCAAAACACGAGCACUGUAGUAAGUAACAUGUCAGAAAGUUGUUCCUUUAAUAGUAACUUGAGGAUGCAUUUGUAUAUCAGCAACAUCCAUAUAGAAGAGAGUAAAAACCAAAAAAUGUUCAGGUAUGUGUCUCAAUAGUCAACAGAACUGUGCAUAGACAUCAGGCAAAUAAACAGUGAUGAGGAACAUAGCGUGGAUGUAUUUGUAGAUGAGCAGGCUCAUGAAUCUUGCAGGGGAGAGGAACAAGAAGUUACAGCUGUUGUGAAUCAAGCUCUUAACUGAUGAAGCUGAUAAACUGUUGUCACCAGGCUUCAGCUGUCACUGCAUUUGCGUGUACCUGCGCAAAUAAAAGCUACCUCAGGGCGUUUUGUUGAACUU